AUGGCAUCGCAAGAAGACUUCGAAGGCAAACAUAAAAGCAAAAAUAAGUACUUCCCUCGCAACAGAGGGCUGAAGGCAAAUAUGAGUGGUGUCUUUGUGAGCUGCAUUCGAGGGAAAGAAGGCAAGUCUGUUGGAGAAUGUUAUGAUCUGUUUAAUCGGUACGCCAAUGAACUUUACCCAGUUGAGGAAGGGUCACUCGAUGAAGUCGAUAUUGCGUUAUCAAUUGACUUGGAAAGGCGAAAAUUGACAGCAAAAUCGAAUCGAUUUACGUCUAUACUGAUUGACGCAGACUGUCUCAUAUUCAUAAAGGUGGCAGACCCCGUUGCGCCUGUAGAACUUGUGCAUGCGAUUCUGAGCGAUUUAGCUAUUACUAGACAAAAGUCAACUAGAUUCAUUCAACGCCUUAUUCCGAUUGAGAAAACCUGUUAUGCUGAUAUGGAAGAUAUCGAGUGCAUGGCUAAGGAAUUGCUUAAACCGCAUUUUCAUCCUGAAGAUGAGAAUGAGAAACGACAGAUAAAGUUUGCCAUUCAACCUAGGAUUAGGUUCAACAAACAAAUCGUCAGAAUGAACUUAAUCAAGAAAAUAGCCGAAGUGGUUGGGGAUGGUCAUGUGGUUAACUUGAAUGAGCCUGAGCUCAAGAUUUGCGGUCUAAGUGUGAUUAGAGAUUACAAUGAGCUGAGGAAAUAUAAUAUCGAGGAGCUAUGUGAUUUACGAGAUGCAGCAGACUCGCGCACCGACACGGACAAGGUUAAUUGUGGAGAAGAAGCUAAAGAUGCAAAUAAAUAA